AUGAAGCUGGAAUUAUUAGCAAACGAAAUAUUAUUGAAUGUGUUCGAAUUUCUUCAAGGUGUUGAUCUUCUUCGUACAUUUCAUCGUCUCAAUGCUCGCUUUGAUAAUCUUCUUUUCAUUCAUUUUCGAUCCAAUUAUCUGAAUUUUAAAUCAGUUUCAAAAACAGAUUUUGAUAUUGUUUGUCAACAACAUCUUCCAUUAAUUUUCGAUCGUAUAAUAGCACUUCGGUUAUCCGAAAACGAUGAAACUCCACAACAAACACGUUGUUUUUUUGCUUAUAAUAUAACUCUGGGUCAAUUUACUCAUUUGCAAUCACUAUCAUUGUAUUAUAUUUGUGACAAUGUAAUAAUGGACAUUAUGAUGAAUACAUUGUGCCAAAUGACAUCUCUUAUUCAUUUGGAUAUACACAUAUGUCCUUUUCAUUUUUCAUAUAUCAACAAUAUUUGGAGUCUUCCUAGAUUGGUGCGCUUUGGAAUAUUGACAAUUCUACAUCAAAUCAGUUGGACUAAUGUACCGACGAUAAAAUCAUUAUCCCUCCAACAUUUGUCUAUUCAAGCUGAUCCUGACUACGAUUUUUCUUUAGAACGUAUCCUCAAAUAUACACCUCAUCUUCGAAGUUUUCGAACGCAUCUUGACCGAGACUACCAUUCACAUAAACAAUUAUCAUAUGAUGCUUUAUCGAUCGAAUCUUUGCACUUGUCGUCGGAUUAUUCACACAAUACAUUGCAACAGCUUUUGAAACAUGUACCGAAUUUGACUAAACUAAUAGUUCAAACUGAUGGUAAGUAUUUAGAUGGACAUAUAUGGGAAAAAAUAAUGACCGAUUAUUUACCUAAGCUUAAAAUAUUUCGAUUAAAUAUGACGUUUGAUAAGCGAGCCCAGAUUGAUGCUGAGCAACUAGUUGAUGAAAUUCUCGAUACAUUUCGUACUAAUUUUUGGAUUAACGAACAUAAAUGGUUUGUCCAAUGUUGCUGGAAAUUAUGGCGAAACGAAAAUUUAUUUUAUCUUUACACAUUACCCCAUACAUUUUCAAUGUCUACCCUUGACGAUAAAUGGCAAUUUAAAUCAACAAAUCCUCAAGACAUUUCGUACGUUCAUCCUCAAUCGACAUGUGUUCUUUCUUUUCGCUGCUCGGACAUACGUCAGCUUCAUGUUUCUUUACCCCUCCAAGACAAAUUGUGGCCUGUAAUAUCAUCAUUUGAUCGAUUGUCUUCUAUUAGUGUUCAAUCCUUCAACGAUAUUUUCUAUAUGUCUCAAUUACAAGCCUUGAUAGACAAAGCACCUCGCCUAUAUUCAUUGGCUUUUUCCGGAAAGUCAUCACCAGAUAUAGCGAAAUUAACAAGUAAAUCAAUUCGUCGACUUGAUUUAAGCGACAUCGAGACUUAUUUCAAUAAACCGGCAUGUAUCAGCCUAUGUCAUUCAUCAUUGGGUAUUCAGUGUGAAGUUCUUUUAAUCCAAACGAACGAUCGACAAAACAUUCCCUAUCUUGUCAAAAAAAUGAAAAAUCUUCGAGCAUUAUGUGUUAAGUGUAAUGAUAAAGCAACAAGAUGUAAUCUAUCCAGUUGGUUACGACAACGUCUACCACUGAAUUGUUCUAUUUCAGACGAAGCAAACUUUGCUCCUAGUGUUCGGGUUCAAUUAUGGAUUCGAUAA